AUGACCAAAAAUUCUCCGGCUGGGCACCCACCUUCUUGGCGAAGCCAUUUUCGCUGGACUCAAAGUACAAGGGUAGUGCCAAUGUGUACCUGCAGAACAUUGGGCCGUCCUUUAAAAUUUUCAAAAACGGAGUGGAGGCCAUUCCUCCGGCUAAAUUACCCCUGUUUGAGACUACAGUCGAUUCGUACAAUAGUAAAGGCUCCACAUGCGCAAAGAGGAAUAAACAAGGCAUCAGUAUCGACACUUAUUAUUAUUAAUGCUGGUGGAGCUCUUACAAUCCGUGCCGGGACAAGUGGGGAUACUGUGAUUACUGCAGAUUUGAACGACGUACCUCUUGUUAAUUUCAAGACGGGGAUAGACAUGGACGAGGCCCAGGAGUUGGAGGGAGGAGGCAUUCCACGUCUGCCAACGCCAGAGCCAGGGGAUAAACCGAAGCCGAAGCACAGCCAAAGCCAAAACCAAAACCCAAGCCGAAGCCCACGAAAAGUGGCCGCGGAUGGUGCCCGAUAUAGAUCGUGUCCCAAUACUACCAAAAAGUGCAUUGCGCACGGCCAGUACCCAAUUGGAACAAAGGUAUACAUAAGCUGCAAAGGCAAGGGAAAAAGUAUCCAUGGCUAUGACUGGUGGGACAAAACAAAGCAGAAAAAUCAUGCAGAGAUAAACUCCCUACUUGUUGAAUGGAGUCAUAUCUUAUAGGUUUCCUUUCCUUCUAAGCCGUCCAAACGGGGGGGAAUGGUUAUUUGGAUAAGAUGAUCGCGCACUAAAUGUGUACGUGAGGAGGGUGUCAGUUCUGCACAUACCAAGCCAAUUCCACAAUGCUGUCCUUUUUUGUGUUUUCUUAUUGAGUACAUGUUAUGUAUUUACCUUCUUUUCACUCCUUAAAACUACUUCUUGCCUACGAAUGGGCUGAAUAAUAUAUUUCCCCCCCCCCCCCCCCCCUCUUUUUUAUUUUUAUUUUUAAUUUUUAUUUUUAAUUUUUUUUAAUUUUUUAUAUUUUUUCACUUGAGAGCGUAGUGGCUAUCUAUUCAAAUGGUGAUGAUCAAAAUCCAAUAGUGAAGAUUGGUGAGAUCUAGUCAUACAAACUAAUACAUUUGCUUAAAGUAGAUUUUCAGAGGGUGACUCGCAUGAAGGAAAGGGGGAAAAUCAAAUGGAUGAAUUCGGCUGAAAAGGUGAAUCACAAGCAUUGAGAGCAAGUGCACAACCAACUCUCCAAGGGUAUCAUAUAUCAUAUCCAUUGCGCGCAACAUAGAGACAUAAAUUAAAAAAGUGAAUAACACAAGCCUGUGCUUUUACUUGAGUGUAUUAAAAAGGGGGAUCAAAACCUGUCAAACCAAAUCACAGAAAGCCAUUCAUUCCUCAGCAUGCCGCAUACCCAACAUCACCAAACGACAGCACAAAUUCUAAAUAUUCUUCCUCCCCUUCUUCAGCCUCCCAAUGGGCAUGUCCCCCCUGCGCCACAAACGAAAUAUGCCCUACCUGCUCCUCAGACCGUACAUCACCCAGCAUCACCCUGACAUCCCUCAGCUGGCGCGUUCCAGCGCAUCCUGGAACGAGCCCGCAGACACCGGCGCGUGUGGGUUAUCCCGCGUGUAUGACGAGACAAAGCCUAGGAUAUCUGGCGCGAGCGUGAUGCGCUUUAGCACGACGCUGGCUAGCGCUAGGAUCUGUAGCACGAGGGAAGAUGAUGAGGAACACGGCGAGCCAGGAGCGGUCGCACUUGUACACCUCGCCAACGUAUCUGAAGCCGCGGGCUUCCACGGGCACGAAGCAAUACAGCGGUAGGGCCUCGGUAGAGCAAUCACCCAUUGCUUCGUACGUGGCCGGAUCCUUGGGCAGCGGGGUGCCGCGGUAGAUGGUUGCAAAGCUGGCUGGCCGGGAGGAGUUGAGGCCUACUUCCAUGCGUGCGGAGAGGACUUUUGGAUCCAGUUUCCACAGGUCCAUGUCGAUGCGGCCGCCGCGGAGGAGGGAGGUGUCGUUCAUCCAGCGCUCGGUGAGUGUGGCGGAGUAGAGGUAGUUGGUCGAUGUGUCGCGGUCGGUUGCCGUGGGGAGGAAAUAGAAGGUGAAAUUUAUGUAGUGAGUUAGGGACUUGUAAUUUUCGACUCGCUAUGAGGGGCGCAUGGCUUGCACGCGGCAGGAUUCAGAUUGGCAUUCGACUCGAGAGUCGACUGAGAGGUUGCCGAGGGUGCAGUUUGCCAGUCCCCAGGUGUGAUUGCAGCCAUGCUGGGUUCUGGAUCCGAACAUGAAUUUGGCGCAGGAGGAUAUGUCGCCGCCAACCCCAUCGGUCAUUGCUGGGAAUUCAUCAACAAGAUAAUGUAGCGAGAUCUUCUUUUUCCGCGAGGAUGUUGUUCAAACACUGGACAUCAAAGUGAUGUGAUGUUCGGUGAACGUCACGUUCCUUCAGCCACGGGCCUUCCGACAGGAAGACCUGGAGAGAGGUAAAUUGUACAGCAGAAUUCCAGUCUACCAUGCGCCAAUCGCUGUCGUUCUCACCCGGCUUCAACGAACUUAUAUCCGGAAUUUUGACAUUACCCCAAAGGCCCAUGCCGGUUCCCGCAAUGGUUUCAGAGGCCAUCAACGAUGAUGUGUAGAGGGAUGCUACUAGAUCUCCCCCGGUUUGUAUGGAACUAGUCCCAAUCAGCGAGGUAUCAUGGAUUGAAAGGGGAGAUAUAUACCAGUUGGUAGCAUUAUAGGCUAUUUGCCUUUUGUCAGCAUAAAGUCAAGAUGCAGGAACAAAAUGUGAAGCAUGUCGUACCCCAAGCCUUAUUCCUCUCUCCGCCCUAAAGGUGCCAUAUAUUCGAAAGAAGUAGCCGACCAGAGCUGCGAAAAUAAUCGGGAAAAUCGUGGGAGUCAACGUCGUGGCCAAUAUGAUUCGAUCACCACGCUUGCUCCUCGUGUCCCCGUCUAUCGAAGCCGCUUAGAUUGCAAUGACUAUUUCUCAUUGUCAGACCAAAAGAUCGGGGACAGGUAAAGAUUGGAAGGAAUAAGAGAACAAAUGAUGGAUGAACAAUUAAAAAUAAAUAAAAUAAAAAUGGACAUCUUAUGAUCUGU